AUGGCCCUGGUGACUCUGCAGCGCUCUCCCACCCCCAGUGCAGCAUCCUCGGCCAGCACGACCAACAGCAGUGCGGGGGAGGAUUUUGGAAGCGAUGAUGACCGGAAAACCAAUCAGAGCCUCAGUGAGAGCUUCUUCAUGGUCAAAGGAGCCGCCCUCUUCCUCCAGCAGGGCGGCAGCGCACAAGGACCAAAGACCCCGACCCACCACAAACAUGCAGGUGAUUUACCUCAACACCUGCAGGUCAUGUUUAAGAUCCUCCGCUCUGAAGAUCGCAUUAAGCUGGCUGUACGACUAGAGAGCGGAUGGUCGGACCGAGUGCGCUACAUGGUUGUUAUCUACACCAACGGCCACCAAGAUACAGAAGAAAAUAUCGUCCUGGGAAUGGACUUCACAGACAAGGACAGUAAAGAUUGCUCUAUUGGGAUGGUGCUGCCACUGUGGAGUGACACUAACAUACAUUUAGACGGAGAUGGAGGCUUCAGUGUGAACACAGCGGGGCGGUCACAUGUCUUCAAGCCUGUGUCUGUGCAGGCCAUGUGGUCUGCCCUGCAGGUCCUCCACAAAGCAUGCGAGGUGUCACGCCGGUUCAACUAUUUCCCAGGGGGCAUCGCCCUUACAUGGAUGGCCUUCUAUGAGAGCUGCAUCACCUCAGAGCAAAGCUGCGUCAACGAGUGGAACGCUAUGACUGACCUGGAGACCACCCGGCCCGACUCACCCACCAUGUUCGUCGACCGGCCAACAGAACGAGAGAGAACAGAGUGUCUCAUUAAAGCCAAGCUACGCAACAUCAUGACGUUUCAGGACCUGGAGAACAUCACCUCGAAGGAGAUCCGAAAUGAGCUGGAGCAGCACAUGAGCUGUAACCUCAAAGAGUACAAAGAGUUCAUAGACAACGAGAUGCUUCUGAUCCUGGGUCAAAUGGACAAGGCCACACUUAUCUUUGACCAUGUGUACUUGGGCUCUGAGUGGAACGCUUCCAACCUAGAAGAACUGCGUGACUGCGGGGUGGGUUACAUCCUGAAUGUUACCAGAGAGAUUGACAACUUCUUCCCAGGGAUGUUCUCUUAUCACAACGUCCGCGUGUACGAUGAGGAGGCCACCGACCUGCUGGCCCACUGGAACGACACCUACAACUUUAUUGUCAAAGCCAAGAAGAACAAUUCCAAGUGCCUGGUGCACUGUAAGAUGGGGGUGAGCCGGUCUGCCUCUACGGUUAUUGCCUAUGCAAUGAAGGAGUACGGCUGGUCUCUGGAGAAAGCCUACAACUUCGUCAAGCAGAAACGGAGUAUAGCUCAGCCAAACGCUGCUUUCAUGAGACAGCUGGCGGAGUACGAGGGAAUCCUGGACGCGAGUAAACAGCGCCACAACAAGCUCUGGAGGCCUGAAACGGAUGAGGAGGGAUCAGAUGAUUUGCAAGCCUCUGGCCACAGUACUGGUGGGGAGGAGACACCAGUGCUCAGAGAGGAGGAGGCCUGGGGAGGCUGCGGGGCGUCUCCCUGCAGGGGUAUGGGCCUGGAAAUGGAGCCCCUGGACUCUCUUAACUAUAAUUAUUACUUCAGGCGUUUGUCAGACUCCGCACUAGACAGCGAGCCCUCCACCCCAGUGCGGGGUCCCCCCCUGCUGGGCAUGGAAAGAGUUUUCAUCGAGAUUGAAGACGUGGAGAGGGACGCCCUAUUGGAGGACGAAGGUUUCCCUAUGGCCCAUUUAGCCCUGCCUGGCGAGGGCACGGCAGCUCAGACGUGCGGGCGCCUCGACCCCCUUGAGGACAUGAGGCUGAGGCUGGAGUUCAGCACUUUGGAGGAAGAGGAUGAGGAGGAGGCCAAGAAGGAGGAGGCUGAGAUGGCGGCGUUGGCUCAAACACCUGGAAAUUCAGAUGGGAAGAAGGCAGGAGAGGAGGGCGAGAGGACAGAGGAAAGCCGGUUAGGCCUAGCCAACCUGAACACCAACAACAGCAACCGCCUUGCUGCCAAGCGCAGCUGCCCUGCAGCUUUUGACGACAGUGCUAGCACAGGAAACCCUUUAAAAGUGAAGCCCUCCUACCAGUCCUGUAAAGACUGCCUGCGACUACCACAAGGACGCCGCUGCGACCGUCCAGCAGGAGGCCGUUCUCACCGCCUUAACCCCUCUCGCCACUGCACUGUCCCCACCAUAUGCAUAGAUCCACCUGGGACCAAUUUUGCCUCCACUCCAAUUCUGCAGUCUCUGCAAACUCCUGCAGUUGUCCCACCUAACCUGGUCCAGGCCUGUAGUCCUCUCUACCGCUGCGCCACCUGUGGCCCCGGCGUCCCACCUGCCCCACUAUCCAACCGCCAGAAACUGGUCUCACCCAUGAGCUGUGAGGAGACGCCUCCCGACCGCAGCUCAGCGGAGACGGAGGACAUGGACGAGCCACAGGGGGACGACGUGGGAGAUCAAAUAUCAAGGGAGAGCGCAGGGGCCCUCGGCGCGACCACUGCUGAAGGUUUAAAAUUACAGCCAGGUGGUGCAGUGGAGCUCCAGCUGCAGAUGCCAGGACUGGGGAUAGAAUUUGGUCUGGAACUGAUGCGGCAGAGGGCAGAGCAGCUUGAGAAGCUGCCAAGCUUGGGCAUGGAGGGCCAGCUCCCAGUGGGGCCCCUGCCUUAA